AUGGGCCGAACUGUUGUUCACCCUCGCUUCGGUUCCCCGCGUGCAGUGAUCCGUGACAGAUCCAAGAUUCUUCGAGGGAGCUUAUUCAAAUCAUGUCAUCUUGCCCCCCUGGUCAGCGGGAAAGUGGCCUCGAGCAGCGGCCCCGGCCAGCCACGCUUCUGGUCCACUCCAGGACAGUUCCAGAAUCUGUCGGGCCCAGCAUGCCUGGAGCGUGGCCUGCCGGUUGUGGCCGUGUCCAGUGCGGGUGCGCGCUCGACCACAGCGCACCUCCCGCCGCCCGAGGUGGUGCCAUGGAGCUGGCAGCGUAUCCAUGUUGGUUCAAGAGCCACCUGGCCCAAUCAACGGUUUCCUGGUGCUGGCCCUCUCGGCCAACGCGAUUGUCGCACCGGCCAUCCCGCGGAAGCGUUUCUGACCACAAUGGAAGCUCCGCAGGCUGCCGGGCAGCUGCGACAGGCAGCCGUGCAGCAGCAAACACAAGUCGAUCCAGAGGCCUUGGAGAGGGACACGUUCGAGGCUGCAGGUGCGCGGCAAAGAAGCAGUGAGGCGUCCGCGUCUGCCAGGAGUGGUGAUGCUAGGCCGCGACCGGGCCGCACGCACGUCACAGUCGGCGACGCCGAGCUCGCUGAGCCUCCAGGCGACUACCUCGCAAUGGACGACAGCGAGCAGUCUUCUUGCUGUGGGCGAGUGAUGGACCUCUUCGUUGACUGGGUGAAUCCACGACUUGCGAGGUACAGCAACAGUUUCAGCAUUGCCUUAGCAAUCAUGGCCGUUCAGGCGAUCUUGGUUUGCAGCUUUGCAACUAGGUAUCGGAUCACGGGAGGUUCUGUAGAAGCUGGCCUCCACGACGCACGAGAUUUGGACGACAUGUGGGCUGAUCCUGAUACUUACGUGUGUGCAACACGCGAGGCAAAUGACGAUGCGUAUGAGGGCAGGAAGCUCUGGUUGCAGGAGUACUCCAGCUCUGCGCACACCGACACCUUAUACUGGAGCAGUUCGUCCAGCAUGCUGAAAUACUCGUACGAGUUUGAGCUGCCAGAGGCAGGAGCAAACUCACAGGGGGAUUUCAAAGAUGACAGAUGGUUGCACGUGUUCGCUAAUUUGGCAUUCAACGUAUCUUGCAAGCUGCCUUCAAGCAGCUUCUCGCGGGAGGCGUGCAAUUUGCGGCCGCACAGUAAGUUCUUCUAUGCCGACUCAGGCAUUGCGGCAGAGGCCCAGGCAAAGUGGUUGGGGGCUUUGCUCGAGAAAGCGCGCAAGAUGUUCAACUGGAACGGUUCAGUACAAUCUGAUGUUGGAGUCUUGAAUGUAAUUCAGAACGUUUCAUGGCAGCGAAGGCGCUAUAGUUGUCCCGCGCGCGACUUGAUCAAAAAGAGUUAUGCGCACACGCUUGAUGAAUGCAAAGGGAGGUGCUCGAAAGUAGAGGGCUGCAGCGUGCCAUUGUGGCGGACAUCUCAUAUGAAGCUGGUGGGGAUGACCCCAUGA